UAUUAGGGCUAAUUAAAUGCACUAUUCGGGAGCAAUCGUACCUAACGAGAUGUCCAACGAGCGUGAAACGGCUUUCCUGAAAGAAGAACUUCCCAAGAAGGUUCUUUGCCAUUCGCCGGAACUCGAAAACGAUGGAGUGUUUUCAGAGGUGGAGCUCACAACUCCAGAACAUUUGGAUGGGUUUAUGUCCACCAUUCACAAGUUAUCGUUUCAAUACCAUAAACACGAUGGCAGUGAUACGCGUAAAUUACACCUAAUGGUGAAGGUGAUGAAAGGCAAUGAUGAGUUUCGUGAAUCUUCGCUGGCUAAAAUACAAUUCGGAAAUGAAAUCUACAUUUACACGCACGUGCUCCCGGUAUUCCGUGAUCUAGUAACAGGCACAGAAGUUUCGGCAGACUGGUGUCCAGCAGUGUUCUUCGGCGAAGCUGGUUCCUUUCCUAGCUACAGUGAUCAGUAUGAAACGAUGUUGGUGCUAGAGGACAUAUCACCCCUCGGUUAUGUGGCCGGUCCUCGGUUGAAUCUAGAAGAGACGCACCUUCGAUUAAUGGCUCGUAAUAUUGCAUCAUUCCAUGCUUGCACGUACGCUCUGCGUAUUCGGAAGGACCCUCGAUUGCAGCAGCUGAUCGAUGGCAUUACACCGCUCGACUUUGUGUAUGGAGAUAAAACGUUCACCAGCUAUGAUGUGCUGUUAAGACUAGGUGCUGACCGAUGGUACAGCUACCUUGACAAACAUCCAGAGUUGCUUGAGAAGCCGUUCUUCAAAAUGGACAUGGAGCAGUUGAGACAGCGCUAUGAAACUACACCAAUUCAAUUAAUGCAGAAACUGCUCACUCGUGAUGAUGUGUUUUCGGCCAUUCUUCACGGUGACUACAAUAGAAACAAUGUUCUGUUUAAGCUAGAUAACAAUGGUCAACCGAUCGCGCUAAAGAUGUUUGAUUUUCAAGAAAAUCGCUACGCCACGCCAGCCAUUGAUUUGGCCUUUUUCAUGUACAUGAGCAUGACAGAAGAGCUGCGCGAGCGGUGCUGGGAUAGUCUGUUAGAAGAAUAUCAUAGCACAAUGUUGCGUUCGUUGGCCGCGAUACUGAGGGUAAACGAGAAGGACUCUCUUAUCGAUCCUUAUCGGUUUGAGCCGUUCCUCGAACAUUUCAAACGGCACGCAGUUUACGGUGUAUUCGUGACGCUUCACUUUCUACCGUGGAUGAUGUGUUCUGAAGAAGAGUGUGAACAACUGUCGUUCCAUUUCGCACGUGAUCUUCACUCCAAGGAACUGGCCCACUGGACCCUAGUGUGCGGGGGAGAAGAAGUGGAUAAACGACUCGCAGGGGUAAUGCAGCAUGCCAGCAGAAAAGGGUACUUUGCCAUUGUUAAGGAGAAUUAGGAACCCAUUCCUGGACAAUCAAAUUGAGAACGAAUUUAUUAUUGCAUUUAAUUUUUUUUUAUUAAGCUAUCGAAUGCACUGAAAGAGUUUUUUUAAUUUCAAUUCUUGUAAGAACAAUAAAACAUUUACAAUAAACAAACAAAGAAAAUAACGAUGUGAUAAGAUGAAUUUAAUCCUCCAAGACACCCUCGAAAUGUUGCGUGCUCCGUCGGAACAUGAGAUCUGCUACGACAUGGACCGUCAUCCUAGGGAGAUACUAGCGUCUUAUCGGAACGAGCAAUGCCCGACUGCUAAGUUCAAGGCUAAAGUGUGAGGAAAGUCUUUAACACUUGGUUAAUGGGCCUUCAUAGCAUUGCUCCGAAAGAUUGUUUUGAUUUAUCGCGCCAAACAGGCACCAGCACGCAGCAUGUAUGGUCCUCAUGUAACCUCUGCGGGAUGCUGCCAUUGUUGGACAAUGGAAGUCAGAUGCACGACCGUUUCUUUCGUACGUCGUAGGCCAU